GUGGCUACGAUAAAGUUCUAUUGAAUCAUCACCUUUGUGUUUUAAAAGUGUUUAACUGAGUGUGUCCAACCCGACCAGCCUCAACCGAUGUCCUGUUUUGAUGUGAAAAUAUCGUAAUCGCAGUGACCUUCGACUACUACUCGCGUUUUACAUCAACUAGUAAACUUGCUCGAUUUUGCGCGUACAACCGCGAUGGAAGACUUUACCCCACUGAUUAAUCUACAGUAAAACAUUUAAAGAGCCCCCAUUAUGGCCCUGCGGUGCUGAAAAACUCUCCGACUAAUGCGUGCAAUCACAACCUAAACGACCUCAGCAACGCGGCCACAAAGAACCGAAUCAUUCGAGGAGAAAAGGAUAUAAUUGCAGCACAACAGUACUCACUCCUCCCGGGCCGACAAAUUAGCUGGAGGAACGAAAAGGAGCCUUCCAUGCCUGUUGACUCACAUGCCGGAUGCGAAAGAUUGCUGUGACCGGGCGGUAGAAAAGCUUCUGUAAAAAAAGAAAGAAAGCAGAGCAUCGUGAGCAUAAUAAAGAAUUGCAUCUACGGUGCAUCAUAGCAGGCUCUACUGUAAGAAGGAUUGAUACAAAAAAAAUCUAGCGGAAAAGAAACAAAAACUCGUCAAAUCACUCCUUGCAAGACAAAAGGGCAAAUUGUCUGGUUCGCGAAAGAUGAAAAAUGAACGCGAACCCCUGCUUGGAAAUGCCGCCGACAUGCAUGGACCGGGAACGGAUGCGGCCGAACACGCGCAGCUGUUGGCACGGCCCGAUUUGCGCAGCUCGCCUGAAAACAUGAUCGUGGAUGCAUCGAACGACACCGACAGCUUGGUGGCGAAGGAAGACCCCACGUAUGGGUCCUCCUCCGGCGAACCGUACGAACCGUCGAUGCACCGAACGCUGGAACACCCGACAACCAAUCUGGACACGAUGAUACACCUCCUCAAGGGCAACAUUGGUACCGGCAUCCUGGCGAUGCCGGACGCAUUCAAACACGCCGGGCUGUACGUUGGUCUGUUCGGGACGCUCCUGAUGGGUGCCAUCUGCACGCACUGUAUGCACAUGCUGGUGCGUUGCUCGCACGAAUUAUGCCGCCGGUUGCAGGUGCCCUCGCUCAGCUUUGCCGACGUGUGCCAACGGUCGUUCGAGUCCGGCCCGAUCGGACUGAGGCGCUACUCGAAGCUGGCCACCAACCUUAUCAACCUGUUCCUGGUGAUUACGCAGCUCGGCUUCUGCUGCGUGUACUUCGUGUUCGUGGCGGCCAACUUGCGCGAGGUCGUUGCGCACUACUUUUUCGACCUACACACGCGCGUCUAUCUGCUGCUGCUGCUGAUUCCGAUGGUGUUGUUGAACCUGGUGAAGAAUCUGAAAUAUUUGACCCCGGUUUCGUUGAUUGCAGCAAUCCUUACGGUGGCGGGACUUACCUGUACAUUCUACUAUAUGCUUCAGGAUCUACCUAACACGCACACGGUUAAACCGUAUGCGACAUGGGCUCAGUUGCCGCUCUACUUUGGCACGGCUAUUUACGCCUUCGAAGGUAUCGGGAUGGUUCUUCCGUUGGAGAACAAUAUGAAAACGCCAGAAGAUUUUGGUGGCUGGUCCGGUGUGCUCAAUACGGGCAUGGUGAUCGUCACCUGCCUCUACACGGCUGUUGGUUUCUUCGGCUAUCUGAAGUACGGCGAUGCGGUCAAGGGAAGCAUUACCUUGAACCUUCCCGGCGAGGAACUCAUCGCACAGCUGGUACGCAUCAUGAUGGCGCUGGCCAUUUUCUUCUCCUACUCGCUACAAUUCUUCGUCCCGAUGUCGGUGAUUAAUGUGCACAUCCGCCGGAAGCUGCACACCGAACAGUCGCGCCUGAUCGGCGAGUAUCUGACGAGGGUUUCGCUGGUCGUGUUCACGUUCAUACUGGCCGCGAUGAUCCCGAACCUCGGGGCAGUCAUUUCACUGGUGGGAGCCGUAAGCAGUUCAACGCUUGCACUCAUCUUUCCGCCGCUGAUCGAAAUCGUUACCUUUUGGCCGGAUAAACUCGGUCGACACUACUGGAUUCUCUGGAAGGACGUUUGCAUCAUGGUGUUCGGUAUUCUGGGUUUCAUCUUCGGUACGUACACAAGUGUGGCACAAAUAUUGAAUCCGGAUUUAAAUUAAAACUCCGACUGGCGGCAUCAAGAGGCUACAACGGGGACUUUGUCCGAGGACACACAAGAAAAGAUAUUCUCGUUUUGUACAUUGCUGGUAUAUGUACGGUAGGUGUAACGUUAUUUUUGUCCAUUUUCUCAUCAUGAUUUGUUGUUUCUGUUAAUUGUGCAUCUGUCAUAUGUUGCGUCUUAGAGAAAUUUAUUUGCAUUAGUUAGUUAAGUUGAAACAAGUGAGGAAUACAAAAUUAGUGAAAGUGAAAAAUCAUGUAAUUCAACUCCCCCAUUCAACAUGCUCAUCAAGUAACACAAUAAAGGUCAGAAAAAGCUAAAGAUAUACACAUGCAUACAUGCAUACAUAAUAAAACAGGAUGCUAACAUUGCUUAAUCUUAUAGCAUUCUAUGAACAAUCUUAAACAGAAAACAAUGUAAAAACGUACAGCGAUUUAUUUCAAUUACAAAAAAUAUGAUACACUAGCUCAUGACAAUAAUAUUUACCCAAGAGACGAAACGACGGCCGGUUCGCGUGCUAAAAGUAAACUAAUAAGACAAGGAGAAAUCGAACCAUAAAGAAAGGAUACGAAUUUUUGGAAGGACAACAGAACGGUUGCAUCAGUGCAUGAUUUGAAGGUGAUAAUAAUGUAAAAUAAGAGUAGAAAAGCGAUUGUAUACCUAAUAUCUGUACGGUAUACAAACAUUUGUGCUCAUGGAUAAUACGAAGCGAGCAUUUAGGUGUUUCUUCUGUUUGGGUUGAAAUGUACACGUGGGCUCAAAUUUUCCUAUCACUAGCAAUUAUUAGCUACUCGCAACUAACCAUAUUGCCACUAUCACGAAAAGGCUGUUCUUGAUCGUUUCAUUUUCUUAAGGGGAAAAAACCGGGCCUACUAUGGUUUAAACAGCUGUGCAGCAUUAGUAGUAUUUAAGCGAUAUUAAAAAUACAAUUAAUUCGUGAAGUGGGAAAACGCACCAAAAGGGAAUGAAAUGUUGCGGCGUCUCUCUUUCUCUAAUCUGUUAUCUGAUAUAAACUAUCCUUUUCGUUGAUUAGAAAAUUUGUUUGUUAUAUUGAGUAAUUGCGGAGUCGAAGAGUAUCGUAAAUCGUUAUCGUAAAAGAUGUCAUUUCGAUAAUUCUAGUAAAUCAUUCUUCCUAAGCUUUAUCGUCCAAUUUUGGUACGGAAACAGUUUCAAUUAUUCAAGACAAUAAUAAGUGUGCUAAAAGCUCUAUGUUUCUUUCAACUAUGCUGUUUCUUCUUUUCUGUUGCCAGCUCCAA